AUGGCGGAGGCGCGGCGCCACGCGAUCGCACCGCAGCUAGAUGUUGAGCAGAUAUUGAAAGAAGCACAACACCGAUGGCUACUAAUUCCAGCUGAGAUAUGUGAGAUACUUAAGAACUACAGAAAUUUUCGUAUUUCCCCAGAACCACCAAAUAGACCUCCAAGUGGUUCACUUUUCUUGUUUGAUCGGAAAGUAUUGAGAUAUUUCCGGAAGGACGGCCAUAAUUGGAGGAAGAAAAGGGAUGGAAAAACUGUCAAAGAAGCUCAUGAAAGAUUAAAAUCUGGAAGUGUUGAUGUGCUUCACUGCUACUAUGCUCAUGGGGAAGGAAAAGAAAACUUUCAGAGGAGGAGUUAUUGGAUGUUGGAGGAGGAUUUUAUGCACAUUGUACUUGUACAUUAUCUCGAAGUCAAGGGUGGCAAAUCAACUUCUCGUAUUAGAGGACAUGAUGAUAUGCUUCAAGCUGCUCGUAUGGAUAGCCCUUUAAGUCAGUUGCCUUCACAAACUACAGAGGGUGAAAGCUCUCUUAGCGGACAAGCCUCAGAAUACGAGGAAACAGAAUCAGAUAUUUAUUCGGGAGGAGCCGGAUACCACCCUUUCUCUUGGACGCAGCAGCAUGAAAAUGGAGGUGGACCUGUGAUGGGCGCUUCUAUUCCGAGCUCCUACAUUCCUGCACUGUCUCUAGGUAACCUUCAAGGCUUCCCAGCUACAGUGACUAAUACAGACAUUUAUUCUUAUUGUCAAGAUGCCUUACCAGUUGCUCUUAAUGAGCCUGGCCUUGGAAUUGGAUUCAAUGGGGCAGAUAAUCAGUUGGAUCCAUCAUCAUUGAAUGGCCUUCUUAAACCUGACCAGGGGGUCCUUCAAAUGUCCCCACCCCAAAGUACUGUUCACUCAGAACUAUUUCCUUUCUCUGAAGGACAUGGAAUUGAAUCCUUCACAUUUGAUGAAGUAUAUAGUAAUGGAUUGAGUAUCAAGGAUGCAGAUGUUGUAGUCACUGAUGAAGAAUCAGUAUGUCAGCUUCCUGGUGCUAUCAGCUCAUUUCCUCCAGAGGACAGUUUCCAGCAAGAUGAUAGAUCGUUGGAGGAAACUAUUAAUUACCCUCUCUUGAAAACUCAAUCAUCUAGUCUUUCUGAAAUGCUGAAGGACAGCUUUAAGAAAAGUGAUAGUUUUACGAGAUGGAUGAGCAAAGCACUUGGUGAAGUAGAUGAUUCCCAAAUUAAGUCCAGUUCUGGAGUGUACUGGAACAGUGAAGAGACCGAUAAUAUCAUUGAAGCAUCAAGUCGUGAUCAGUUGGAUCAAUUCACUCUUGACCCAGUGCUUGCACAAGACCAGCUGUUUAGUAUAGUUGAUUUCUCUCCAAGCUGGACAUAUGCAGGCUCCAAGACUAGGGUUCUCAUUACAGGUAGAUUCUUAAAUUUUGAUGAGAUUGAAAGAUGCAAGUGGUCAUGUAUGUUUGGUGAAGUCGAAGUUCCAGCAGAGAUAUCAGCUGAUGGGACUCUCAGAUGUUAUUCCCCGUCACACAAACCUGGCAGGGUUCCUUUUUAUGUCACAUGCACCAACAGGUUGGCCUGCAGCGAAAUCCGUGAGUUUGAGUUCCGGCCAAGUGUUACUCAAUACACGGAUGCCCCGAGUCCACAUGGUGCUACAUACAAAACAUAUCUCCAGAUGCGUCUUGAUGACCUGUUGUCUUUGGGACACAAUGAGUACCAGGCAACAGUAUCUAACCCCACAAAGGAGAUGGUUGAUUUGAGCAAGAAGAUAAGCUCACUGAUGACAGACAAUGAUUCCUGGUCCAAGUUGCUAAAAUUGGCUAGUGAUAAUGAGCCUGCCACUGAUGAUAAUCAGGAUCAGUUCUUUGAAAAACGCUUAAAGGAAAAAUUGCAUUUCUGGCUUGUCCACAAAGCAAGCGAUGGUGGCAAAGGCCCCAAUGUGUUAGAUGAUGAAGGGCAGGGUGUACUUCAUCUAGCAGCUGCCCUAGGAUAUGAUUGGGUGAUAAGGCCAACAGUUUCUGCUGGUGUGAAUAUAAAUUUUAGAGAUGCUCAUGGAUGGACUGCACUCCAUUGGGCUGCAUUUUGUGGCAGAGAGCGAACAGUUGUCGCACUUAUCGCACUUGGUGCAGCUCCAGGAGCUUUGACAGACCCAACGCCAGAUUUCCCUACAGGAAGCACACCAGCUGAUCUUGCAUCAGCUAAUGGAUACAAGGGAAUCUCUGGUUUCUUGGCGGAGUCUUCUUUAACAAGUCAUCUUCAGACCCUUGAUCUUAAGGAAGGCAUGGGGAGCAAUGCGCCAGAAAUAUCCGGUCUGCCAGGUAUUGGAGAUGUAACUGAAAGAAGAGCAUCACCAUUAGCAGGUGAAGGUCUUCAAGCUGGAUCCAUGGGAGAUUCACUAGGUGCUGUUCGAAAUGCUGCCCAAGCUGCUGCUCGAAUAUAUCAAGUUUUCAGGGUGCAGUCCUUCCAGAGAAAGCAAGCAGUUCAGUAUGAGGAUGACAAUGGUGCAGUAUCAGAUGAUCGUGCCAUAUCACUCUUGUCUGUUAAACCAUCUAAACCUGUACAGCUUGAUCCCCUGCAUACUGCUGCAACUCGAAUACAGAACAAGUACCAUGGAUGGAAGGGAAGAAAGGAAUUUCUACUUAUCAGACAGCGCAUUGUCAAGAUCCAGGCUCAUGUGCGAGGUCACCAAGUGAGGAAGCAUUAUCGUAAAAUCAUUUGGUCUGUUGGAAUAGUGGAGAAGGUCAUAUUGCGUUGGAGGCGAAAAGGGGCUGGGCUGCGUGGGUUUCGGUCCACAGAAGGUGCAAUGGAGAGCAAUAGCAGCAGCAGCAGUAGUAAUUUGAUCCAAAAUAAACCUGCUGAGGAUGAUUAUGAUUUCUUACAACAAGGACGGAAACAAACCGAAGAAAGGCUGCAGAAAGCUCUUGCCAGAGUGAAGUCGAUGGCUCAGUACCCAGAAGCUCGGGAUCAGUAUCAAAGGAUUCUGACUGUUGUGACAAAAAUUCAAGAAUCGCAGGCCAUGCAAGAAAAGAUGCUCGAUGAGUCGACCGAGAUGGAUGAAGGCUUCUUUAUGAGUGAGUUCAAAGAGCUUUGGGAUGAUGACGUGCCAAUGCCUUCUUGGUCAUAA